UUCAGAUUGAAUUUACAAAACUGAAAUGGCUGUUGUGAGCAAUUUCAAGCGACUGUUUGAGUUUACUGAAAGCUUCAUAUAUGGGCAACGGAACUUUCAAGUUUUGACAUUAUUGUCGUAAAAUAUCGUCAUGUUAUUAACAAGAACAAGAAUACAAUAAUCAUUACAGUUUGUUUAAACAUGUAUUGUAUUCAAUUCUAUGCACUGCCAAGUUUGCAGGCCUAAUAACAUUUAUUAAUUGUCCAUUGAAUCAUGGCUCUACGACGAAAGAAAAACUUAAAACUACAAGUCUCUGAAGGGACACCUAUGCCUGUUACUCCACCAAGAAAUCUAGAUAAAAGAACUACAAUAACAAUUGGAGAAAGCACAUUUGUAGUAGAAGCAGAUGAUUUAGAAACCAUCUGUAUUCUUGGACGUGGAGCAUACGGUAUAGUGGAUAAAGUACGACAUAAACAAAGUGGCACUAUUAUGGCAGUUAAGAGAAUAACAGCGACAGUUAAUACACAGGAACAAAAACGAUUACUUAUGGAUUUAGAUAUUUCUAUGCGUAGUUCAGCAUGUCCGUAUACAGUACAAUUUUAUGGAGCAUUAUUUAGAGAAGGUGAUGUUUGGAUUUGUAUGGAAGUUAUGGAUAUGAGCCUUGAUAAAUUUUAUACAAAAGUGUAUAAACAUGAUCGUGCCAUUCCUGAGGAUAUCUUGGGAAAAAUUGCUUUUGCAGUAGUCAGUGCAUUGCAUUACUUAUAUUCACAGUUAAGAGUGAUUCAUAGGGAUGUAAAACCUAGUAAUAUUUUAAUUAACCGGAAAGGAGAAGUAAAAAUCUGUGACUUCGGUAUUUCUGGUUAUCUUGUAGAUUCUAUUGCUAAAACAAUUGAUGCCGGUUGUAAACCGUAUAUGGCUCCAGAAAGGAUAGACCCGUCGGGUAACCCUUCACAGUAUGACAUCAGAUCCGAUAUUUGGUCACUAGGUAUAUCUCUUGUUGAAUUAGCAACAGGGAAGUUUCCUUACGCAUCUUGGGGUACACCUUUUGAACAAUUAAAACAAGUUGUAAAAGAUGAUGCACCAAAAUUACCUGCUGGAAAGUUUUCUGCUAAUUUUGAAGAAUUUAUUGAUAAAUGUUUAAUGAAAGAUUAUACACGCCGUCCCAAUUACAAUCAGUUACUGGAACUUAAUUUUAUCAGAGAACAUGCCACGAAAGACACAAAUGUUGCGGAAUUUGUUGGAGAAAUUUUAGAUUUACUUGAAGACGAACAGUCUGUGUAGCAUAGAACUAUUUUUGACAUGAUGUACCACAUGACCUGUAAUGUAACUUCGUAUUGCGUAUCGAAGUUAUUUAAUCGAUUUUCUAUAUCUAAUUUUAUGAAUCGUAUCGUUCACUCAUCAGAUGAAUCCAAGUGAAUUUAAAUUUAGCGUUAAAGAAGAUAUAUAAAAAAUAAUUCCAUCAAAAGUUCACUUUUUUUUAUUUCUUCAAUAUAAAAUCUCUAUAUGAUUGUGCAUAUUAAACCUCCUGAAGUUAACAGAUACUCUAUAAUAAAGAAGUAAAGAUUUGUAAAUAUAUACAAAUAUUUUCUACAUGAUAUAACAAUACUUUGUCAGUGUAAUAGCAUAGAUAUGUUCACAUUAAAAAUUCAGUUGAUCAUUGCAUAUUAUUGUACAACUCAAUCUAUAUUUUAGUAGAACAAUAUAAUUAUACAGUAAUGCACCUGUAAUAAAAAUUAUACUCUACAGUAGCGAUAUUAAUACGUAUAAUGGUGCAAUCAACAAUAAUGUUCACAUCUAUAAAGAUAUUAUAAACUUGUAAAAAUCAUGUAGUGUCUUACAAUAGUUAUAACAGGAGGAGUGCAAAACUAAUUACAUAUUUCUUUUAUACAUAUUGUAGUUGUAUAAUGAAAAUAAAUUACCAAUAAAUGGAAUUAUAAAAUGUA